AUGCCGUCCAUCGACUCCCCACCUCCCCCUCCUCCUCGUGCACAAUACCUCUCCCUCACGCUCACGCCUGCCCAAUGCGAAACGAUCUCGUCUCAUACGCCCUUCCGCUUCCACACCGUCCCCAUCACCGGCGCAGAGCCCGGUCAACCCGACUCCUUUCUCGAGCCGUACUUCCCGCUCCCUCCUCAUCCUACCUCGCCGCCCCUUAUUGUGACGCCUUAUAGACCGACCGACAUCCCCUCCGUCAUGCGGACGCUCAACGACCCACAAGUCGCGUAUCAACUCGUCGGACCGCCGUACCCUUAUACCGACAACGAUGCGCACGGGUGGAGCGAGUUGCGGCGCAGAGAGACGGAGAAGGUCUUCAACGAGGUUCUUGGGCCAAAGGCGGAGCAGGCGCUGAGAGGUGAGGAAGUGGACAAUUGGGUCGUGGGAGACUGGGCGCUCGGAAAUGUUCGCAGAGCGGAUGGUGAAUGGGUCGGCGACUUUGGCUUGUGUCGAUGGGCGUUCGAGGACGUCCCCGACGCAGAAGAGCGCAAAAAGCUCGUCGACGAGAACGCGGCGAAGGAGGCGGGCGACCCGAUGCUCGCUUGGUCGUACGGGUUCUUCCUCGACCCGACUUACCAUGGCAAGGGUAUCAUGGCGCACGUCCUACGUUCGCUCAUCGAAGGCUACUACGUCCCCUACCUUCGAGCGGAACGGAUAUACGGUGCGGCGUUCGCGACGAAUCCGGCGAGUCUCAAGACGCAGGAAAGGUGCGGAUUCGUCAGGAAGUCGAGCUUCGAGGAGGAUGUGAUUCCAAAUCGCGGCGGGGGGAAGAAGACGGUCGUUACACUACAAUGGCAGGGCAAGCGGGCGUAA